CAUAUAAUUAUAUAAAUCAUAUGUAAAUUUUAAUUAUCAUUAAAGGUACUUUAUAGUGACCUUUAUUUUGUAGGAAGAACAAUAUUUUUUACUUGUUAGACAUUUAAAAAAAAAAAAAAAGGUAUUUACGUUAUUCUUAUAAUUAAAAACUUACAAUCAGAAAUUAUUAGAAUGGGUUUUUUUGUUUGUUUUUGACGGAUUCCUAAAUGAAGGCUUUUAUUUUGACAGGCCGCCAUCUGACGGUCGAGACGUUUAUUUUGAUGAAGUUUGAAGCUUUUAUUUUCAAAAGAUUCAAAAAACUUUAUUAUUUAUCAACCAGUGAUAGAAAUCUCUGAAGGCUCACAUGUACACAAUACAAACUAUUCAUACACACAACAACCAACCUCAAAUGAUCCACAGAAGCACCUCUAAAAUAAAUAAUAACAAGCCUAGGACACAAGAUCCUGACAAAACUGUUUGGCCUUGUUUAGAAUAGAAAUUACAGUAGGAAUAACAGAAUUACUAGAAGCCUUCUAUCUAGCCAAGGAACAAUGAUACAGGAUAUAACUGAUUCCACCGAGUGCUGCAUUACAUUAACCCUUUAGCCUUCUCAGAAGAGAGCUCUUUCUGCUGCCUGUCAGUCUCAGGACGCAAACACGUGAAGGCCUCGACCAGUUAGAUGAAGCCUCCCGCAACACAGCGCUUAGUCUGGCCGAUGUUUAACCCAGAGGACCACAGAAUCAGCACAUUGCCUGUAACUCAUCUCUCAUACAAGCCACAACGCGCUGCAAAUAAAAUGUGUUGUGAGCAUUUGCAGUGCGUUUCUUUAUUUGUUUGUGUUGUAGUCGCCAUAUGACUUUUAUUUUGACGGGUUGCUAGCUAAAGCUUGAGACUUUUAUUUUGACGGGCCGCCAUAUAACGGUCGAGACUUUUAUUUUGACGGGUUGUUUGCGGAUAUCGGGCCCGAGAGCGCAGAGCAGCUUCGGUCCAUCGCGAAUCUUCGCAAAUAAACUCCAGAUCGAUAUUAAAGCAGUAAUGAUCGCGCAGCCGCGUGUUAGAGCACUUUAAACACAUCUGCAGUGUCACGGGGCGUCCGGUCGGGUCAUGGCGUCGGGUUCGGAGGCCGUCCACUACAUCCACCUGCAUAACUCCAGUCAGUCGGUGCUGGAGGCCCUGAGGUCUCAGCGGCGUAAGGGUCUGUUCUGUGACGUGACGGUGCGCAUCCACGACGCGUCUCUGCGGGCGCACGCCUGCGUUCUGGCGGCCGGCAGCCCCUUCUUCCAGGACAAGCUGCUGCUGGGCCACUCGGAGAUCUCGGUGCCGCCGCUGGUGCCGGCCGAGACGGUCAAGCAGCUGGUGGACUUCAUGUACAGCGGCUCUCUGGUGGUGCUGCACUCGCAGGCGCUCUGCAUCCUGACCGCCGCCUCCAUCCUGCAGAUCAAGACCGUGAUCGACGAGUGCACGCAGAUCAUCUCGCAGCGCCGCGCCGCCGCCGGGGCCGCUCUGCCCAAGCAGGAGGAGAAGGGCCGCGAGAGCACCGCGCCGCUGCAGGGCUUCGCCUACGACUGCGGCUCCGACAUGACGGCCGCGCUGGGGGGAGGGGCUCCGGGGGACGGGGGUGGAGUCGGCGCGCUGAUGCCCCUCGGCGAGGUCGGGGGCGGGGCCAUGUGCAGAGGGGAGGGGCUGGGUGUGGUGGGGGGCGGGGCCAUGUGGGAUGGGCGGGCCAUGCUGAAGCCCGCCAGCUGCUCGCAGGAGAUGAGCUACAUUCUAAACGCGGAGCGCGGCGCAAGUGCGGCUAACGAGAACAUCGCGGCGAACGAGCGCGACGGAGGGGCGGAGUACGGUGGUGUGGGGGAGGAGCUGGUGGGCGGUGUGGAGCGCUUCAGCGAAGACGAGGAGAGAGACGUGGACCGAGACGGCGAGAGAGACCGGCAGACGGCGCACACGCGCAAACAGAGACAGCCGCUGAGACUGCAGGUGCUGGGUGGAGAGGAGGUGGUGGUGAAGAACGAGGGUGUGCAGGACGGAGACGCUCUGUUUGAGAUGGACGAGAGAGGAAACGCAGCGCAUCAGUCCGCAUACGGACAGGGCGGCUUCUACGAGGACUCGGCCGUGUUCUCAGGCGGUUUCUGGUCCCAGGCGGACCCGCAGGCAUCUCUGGGCUCGAACCCCCGCGGCCGGGUCAACAAACCCCCGUCUCCACCGCCGGCCUCUCAGAACCUCAGCAGCCAGAUGCUGUUCCAGUUUCCUGCCAGCGAAUCACAGCAGCCGUCCUUUGUGGGCGGACCCAUGGUGAUUGACAGCCUGGCCGAGUCGUGCCAGCAGGCUCCGCCCCCUGCCCCCCUGACCCCGGCCCCGCCCCCCUCCACCCCAGCUUGCCUGGCGGGGCCCAGCUUCGCGCCGCAGGGCUCCGAGACGUCCUUUGACUGCAGCCACUGCGGGAAAUCACUGCGCUCCCGCAAGAACUACAGCAAACACAUGUUCAUCCACUCCGGUCAGAAGCCGCACCAGUGCAGCAUCUGCUGGCGCUCCUUCUCUCUGCGUGACUAUCUGCUGAAGCACAUGGUGGUGCACACCGGUGUGCGGGCCUUCCAGUGCUCCGUCUGCAGCAAGCGCUUCACGCAGAAGAGCUCUCUGAACGUUCACAUGCGCACACACCGCGUGGAGCGCACCUUCACCUGCGCCGUCUGCCACCGCGCCUUCACCCACCGCACGCUCCUCGAGAGACACGCCCUGCAGCACCACACGCCCGCCAAACCACCCACCAAUCACCUGCAGCAGGGCGGGGCCAUGGGCGGGGCCAGCGGACCCGGCUCCGCCUCCUAGAGACAGGGAGGACUGGCGGGAGAGAGAGAGGGAGCAAUCCCAGGAGCUUUAACACGCACACACACAAAACACACACUCACACAAACAAAAUACACACACGCACACACACAAAACACACACUCACACAAACAAAACACACACACACACACACACAACACACACACACACAAAAAACACACACACACACACACACAAAACACACACUCACACAAACAAAAUACACACACACACACACACAAAACACACACUCA